AUGGCUGGCACCACGAUCUCUUCCUGGCUGAUCAAGCAGUAUCAGCACGAAGCACAUCCGGAGCAGAACCCCAACUUCGUGAGAGACGCGAAGCUGCUUAUCGUGGCUGGAAGUGAUACCACUGCUGUGACUUUGACCUGGCUGUUCUAUGAGUUGGCCAAUCAUCCCGAUCAGCAGGCGAAGAUUCGCAAGGAACUGCUGCAGCUGGGUCUCGUGCCAGGGCGAUGGUCUGACAAAGACAUUGCGCACUGUGAACAUCUCAAUGCCGCCAUAAAUGAGACUCUCAGACUGCACUCGCCUGGCCCAUCUGGUAUCUUCCGCGUGGCACCAAAGGAAGGUCUGCAGGUUGGUAAGACAUACUUGCCUGGUGGAACUGUCUUCAACAUUCCUACCCACACCAUGAAUCGAGAAGAGUCUGUGUAUGCCGAUGCCUCCACCUUUGUCCCCGAGCGCUGGACUACCAGGCCAGAUAUGGUCAAGCACAAGAAAUGCUUCACUCCCUUCCUCCUCGGCCAGCACUCGUGUAUCGGGAGGAACCUGGCGAUGCAGGAGAUGCGGACGUUGACGGCGCAGCUGUUGUUGCGGUAUGAUGUGGCUUUCGCGCCUGGCGAGGAUGGAUCGAGGUUGGAGCACGAUUCGAAGGAUCAUUUCACGAUGAGUCUGGCGCCGCUCGAGUUGGUCUUCACGCCGGUGAAGGUAUAG